AUGACGGUUUCCAACCAAACUGUAUACGACCGCAUGGUCGACAUCCUUGGCGAAGGCGACACCCAGUCGCUCUUUUCUCCCAUCUUCGUCGAUACCCGAGCGCGACUUCUUGAAGGAAUCGGCAUCACCCUCAAUCCAGCUGACCGAGGGAUUCGAGCCCUCGAAGAAUCGCUCCACCAGAGCGAGGGACAAGCCAAAGCCAUGCGCGAACAUAGUUCCGCCCUGCAAACCGAGGUCGCACAACUUCGCGAUCGAAGUUCGACACUGCAAUUCUCCGUGUCCCCAGCAGCACCAGCCUCUUCAGGACGCAACAACCGCAGACUCUCCGCGCAUACUAAGAAGCUGCGACUGCGAACAGCCAGCCCCAACAAUCCCCCCAUGGGAGUGAAGCCAGUGAAGCUUGAUGUCACCAAGUUCGAGUCCAAUACCGGCAAGCUCCUCCGGCUGCGAUCGUCGACGACGACUCCACGCUACCGGAACCGCUCCGCGUCAACGUCUUUAUGGUCGCACAACCACGGUCCGACACAUACACAGCUCUUCCGUGUCUAUGCAGCUUCGUUUGAAGAGGCUGUUCGAAUCGCCCUAGCCAAGUCGUACGCCUCAGCCCUGACGCACAAUCGCGCAGAUCCAUCGGAUAUGUAUAUCUCCGCUCUAUCCCAAAUCAAAGACGGCAAGUGCAGCAACUGCGGCCGUAAGGGCCACUUUUGGCGUGAGUGCCGCGCCCUCGAUGCACACUCAUUUCCUCUGGACAAGACGCGCGAUCCGACCCAACUGGUCCCCGCCCAAUCAACCGGAAGCCCUUUUACGACGGGCGCCCCCAAAGGACGAUCCACUGGGUCACCUGGUCGAUCUGACCACCAGGCGGCGGAAAACGACUAG